UACUAACUUCAAACGUAUCCAAAACAAUAAGGAUAGUCUACAAUUAUGGCACAACUUUGAACCAGCAUAAAAAUACAUAGUAGAAGCCCAUCUUAGAGUUUUUUAUACACCAAGUACUUUCAAAUUCAACUGCAGCUUGCCUCCAAAUCCGAAUGUUAUUGUUUGCAGUUCAAAUUCUGUGUUACAAUUUUAUACAAAGUUCCAAUAUAAUCUAUACAAUCGUUUCUUUCUGACUUAUCUCGAGCAUUUUAUAAGCCUCUGUGAUGAACAUUUAUAAUUUAAUAUUAAUGUUUUUAAUAUCUACCGGUAUAUUUUAUUCCAUUCGGUAGCGCGAACAGCACGCUGUCGUCUAGAAUUAAUAAAAGGAGUGAAACGGAGUAGAAUAAGCAAGAUAAAUAAAAAAAGAUAUUCCCAUGCCGAGAAUUACCGCAACAUGUUUGUGGAAAACUUAGAAAGGGGUUUCUAUCACUCAAUAAAGGACGACAGGUGUUUACUACUUGUUAACUUUGAUGUCGAUGCCAUUUGUGCCUGUAGAAUUUUGCAGCAGCUUUUUAAAAAUGAUAAUAUGAUAUAUACACUCAUACCUGUCCAAGGUAUACAGGACAUGAUUCGUGCCUUUAAUGAACAUUGUGAAGAGAUAAAAAAUGUUAUUCUGAUCAAUUGUGGCGGUACAUUAGACUUAGUGGAAUUACUACAACCUGCUGAAUCUGUGAUAUUUUAUAUUCUUGAUAGUCAUAGACCCUAUGAUUUAUGUAACAUAUACUCGGAAGAUCAAGUUCGUAUACUUGGUAAAGCUGAUGAAGAUGAUGAAAUUCCAGAAUAUAAUGAAGUCUUCAGAGACGAUUCAUCUGAUGAAGAUGAUAUAGAUGAAGGAUCAGAAAGUGAGGAAUCUCAAAGAAAAAGACGGAGAUUGAAUGAGGAAGAUAUUAUAAAAAGGGCAGAACGAAGAAAGUGGGCUGAAAAUAGAGCAACUAUUUUGUUCAAUUAUACGCAGUAUAGCUAUUAUGGCAAAUCUAGUGCAAUGCUUGUUUUUGAAAUGGCAUGGAAUAUGUCGAAAGACAAUUUGGAUAUGGUUUGGUGGGCUAUAGUUGGUUCUACAGAGCAAGCCAUUCUUGCUAAGGUAGAAUCAAGGUUGACCGUUCUUGAUGAAGGUGCUCUUCACUCUCACGUGUCUCGAUUAACUCACAAGCAAGGUGGUGAUGUUGAUAAAGAGCAACAACAGCAGCAGAGUACAGUCCGAAUUACUUACGAUAAAGAUCUUUCACUUGCAUUGUAUCGGCACUGGACCGUAGAAGCUAGUCUAAGACAUUCAGUACCAACUGCUGUAUCAUUAAGACUUUGGUCAGUUAGAGGAGAACAACGACUAAAGGAACUUCUAGCAGAAAUGGGCUUGCCUUUAAUACAAUCGAAGCAACGAUUUUCUGCAAUGGAUCUCUCACUUAGACAAGAAUUUAGACAAAUGAUUGAAAAGUUAGCUGGAAAAUAUAAAGUAGACUCCGUAAUUGGGACGAGUUUUACACUUCAAUAUGGUUACAGGUUUAAAUAUUGUGCUUCGGAUAUAGUUUAUGCUAUGCUUGCUGUAAUUGAAUCAUCUUCGAAGGAAAAGUUACCGCAACGUUGUUUUUUGGAUGCACUCGACUGUUUAUCGCGUACAAAAAAAGAUAUUUUAGAAAGUGGCAUAGAGAAGGCGAAAUUUAUGCUCAGUAGUAUUUUUAAGACUGCGCAAGGUAUUUUACAAAUGAAACAAAUUAGGAGCGCUGGCCCGUUUCUUUACAUAAUCAUCCCAGAAGGAAGUGCUGAUAAUUAUGUGUUCGCUCAUCCGCAUCCGCUACUGAUGUUAGCUCAAUUUACUUUGAAGGCUUAUGUGGAUUCCUCGAAAAAUAGACGAGCAUCGGAAUGGCCACUUGUAGCUUCUUCCAUAUCUAACCCAGAAAGUGGUACAUGUCUCAUGGUUGGUGUACCACCAGUGCGUGAAGACCAGCCAAGGAGUCUGUUUGGAAAAGCCUUUGAACAAGCAGCUAAAAAUACAAAUUGUAACAUAGAAGCAGACUACUUUGAUGCAACAAUAAUAAGACUGAAAACCGAGGAAAGACCAAAAUUCUUGGAUGCUUUGGCAGCUCUCCUAGCGUAAUUUUUUUUUAACGAUUUAUUUGACGUUUAAAAAUUAAAAUGUACCGACUAUUAUUUAUUUUGUAGAUAAGAUAGUAUAAAUAGUGACAGCAGUGCCUGAAAAAAAAAAAUACGUCGACGAAAUGAAUUUAAUAUUCUUUAUUUUUUUGGACAUGCUCUAACUUUUGUCGAUGUCUGUUUUAUUAUUAAUGACACAUAGCUUUAAUUAUACUGUAGAUAUGUAUAUAAAUUAGAAUUAUUGCGACGUAUUGUAAAAAUUGCAUUUCUUUACGAAAUGGCUAAUUAAAUUCCGACACUGUUAAUGAAAUGAAUAAGAAUUAAGAAAUGAAAAAAAAAAUAUAUUCGGUGAAUGAAAUUGUAACUUGGCAAAUAACUUGAUCAUUCGUAAACGUAUAAUGUAAGAAUGACACUAAAUGUAAUUUUUAUAUGAACACAACUAAGUUUAAAACCAGAAGUUUUAAUAAACUCAUUCAAUUUUUUA